AUGGAUUUCCAAGGCGGGAUGUACGGAAGGGUGACUAAGGAGGAUCCGUCUGGAGCAGCAGCAGGAGGGGAAGGUGCAUCAACGGACGACAAUGAGAUCGAGUUUAAUCCGACGGGUCCUGUUCCACGAGGCUACGCCCGAUGCCGUCCGUUGGAGGAGAUCCUAGACGAACAUUCAAUCCACACCGUUGAUUUCGCGAGUAUAGACGUGGAGGGCGCGGAAGCCUCGGCGCUCCACUGCUUCCCGUUCCGAGCCUACGACAUCCGAACCUGGCUCGUAGAAACGGAUAAGGCUGGGAAAGACUUAUAUCGAAUCUUCAUGCGAGCUGGGUAUGCGCUUGUAACGGAAGUGCUCUGUCCUCAGAACCGGCUACACUCCCCCUUAACCCACAUGGGCGUGAAACUCGACUCAAUUUUCCGGCGAGUUACCCCUGGACCCUUCCCACCCUCCAGCGGCCCAGGUAAACUCGAAAUUACACCCGAAACCGCCGCCAGUGCUCCGCCUAGCACCAACUCUUCCGAAACCCCGCCUCCGCCUCCCCGCCCGCGGCCCCCCUUCCGCCAGCAACCCCCUGUGUUCCCCUCAGGAGACUUUGUGUACGGGCCAGCGUGGUUGCCGGGGGGGGAGAGGGCGGGGAAGGGGCCUGAACCGUCGUGCAAGCACAAGGCACCGUGUGAGGAGCAGGUGCCGCAUUUGGAGGAGGAGGAGGUGGAGGAGAGUAGCUUGAAGCUGAAGCUGGGGACGUGCAGGCGAGGGGGAAUGGCAAUGUCUGUGCACCCAGUGCCGCAUCUGGAGGAGGAGGAGGAGGAGGAGGAGGAGGAGGAGGAGGAGGAGGAGGAGGAGGACGAGGAGGAGGAGGAGGAGGAGGAGGAGGAGGAGGAGGUGGAGGAGGUGGAGGAGAGUAGCUUAAAGCUGAAGCUGGGGACGUGCAGGCGAGGGGGAAUGCCCAUGCCUGUGCACCCGGUUGCUUAUAGAGGGUGA